AUGGGCGCUAACGAGGAAGAUUGGUCCAUCAUUUCGUCGUCCUCUGAUUUUGACGACGAGUCCACCACCAGUUCUCGUGAUGCAGAGCAUGAUGCUGUCCCAGAAGUGGGAGACUACAGCAUACCUUCUAAGGACAAGAACCUUGAUGAUACCGUAUCGUUGACCCCCCACAGAAGGGAUUCCGAUCGCACCCAGACUGGAUUAUCAGACACCGAAAGAUCGGUGUCGGAAUCGUGGAUCAAGGGCUUGGAACCCUUUGAUGGAGACAUAGAUGAAAUUGACUCCGCUCUGGAAAGUGGCCACCAAGACGUACCCCCUACUCCCGAAUCAGAUAUCAAAUCCAAGGGUGGCGAUCUUGCACUCGAGCCUCAACCUCCAAAAUCUGCUGUGUCGUUCAAAAUCAACUUUUACGAGAACCUCUCCGGUAUCAAUGAGUCUGUCAAGCUUCUCUCCUCGGAUUUAUACUCCUUCUAUGGUAAGCGGCCUCUCGAAAUGUUGACGGAGUAUGUUUCCCCCGAAACUGAAACUGGAAAGGGCAUCCCUGAAGAGGACCUUGGUGAUUCGAAUGCCACCAUCAAUACUACCAAAUCCGAAACUCCUGCUACGGAUCACUUCAAAUCUGGUGCAAUUGAUCCUCCACUCACAGAGACUGACACCCCCUAUCUCAUACAAAUACGUAAACAACUUGGCGAGUACCUUCAGUCUUUGCAAACUAUUUUGGAUUCCAAUUCUGCGUACUUGAUGUACUACAUUUCAAUUGCCUACCUCGUUUACUCUUUGAGCAUUUAUCUGUUCGAUACAGCUACCCUGAUCCGCAUCAAGCAAGCACCAACACUCACGGAGUCGUUCUAUGAGAGGUUGAGAAGUUUAGUUUAUGAGGAAGAGAAGCAGGGCUACUUUUUCUACACUACGACGAAGAGAACCAAUAGGAUCCUCAGAGGGUACUCGAAAGUGAGUGCCAACAUCUUUUUGGGCACUCAGCAUGUCUUAGGAAGAGUGGAGAAUAUAUCUUCUCUGCUCAAGCUCAAGUUAGAUGAGUAUGUUCCUAGAGUUGUGGAUUUCACUCAAACCUAUGGCUUCUUGGCCCGCAACUCGGCAAGGGAGUACAGUAAGCAGAUUUUGAACACAGUCCAGAAGUACUCAAUUAUUGGAUUGGGCAAAGGUGAAACAUACUUCAAGAAAACCUGGGAGUUUGUCUCGAAUCAGACUCAGAAAUACUCAGUUAUUGGCAUGGCUAGAGCUGGAACAUACAGUACGAAGUCCUGGAAAUAUAUGUCAAAUCAGGCAGGUCGUGGCUGGAGUUGGGUGUUGAAUACACACCAGAAUUGGGGUCCUGCUCAGAAAGAAUUCCAGAGAUUGUGGAACAUUACCACUACGGAAGCCUUCCACGGAUUUAACAGAGCCAAGGUGUUCACAAGCUCGGUUUGGGGUCAAACGAAUAAGACCCGAGUACUCCAAAGCGAGGUGGUGAAUACUUGUAUUGAGAAUAUCCAGACAUGUUCCAAGUAUCUCAAUAGUCUUUAUCGCCAGACCUACAGAAGUUUCUGGGAAACCCCGAACUUGCCUGCCAUAGCCCAGAGAAAGGAGCUCACAUUGUCGGUCUGCACAUGA